CAGAUCAAUAAAAAAGAAGCUGCUUUCAAUUUUACCCAAAAGACAGUUGGGAAGUCAGUUGUAUAGCAUCUGAAUUUAACUGUUCUCGAAAAAUGGUACUGAAUCUUAAAAAUGAUAUCAGUGAAUCUGAGAAUGUUGAUUUAGACUCUGGUGAAAUGACUACUAAUACUUUGAAUCCCACAAAAGUUCCAGGCAAUCAGCCGCUUAAGUUAGAUGUAAAAAAACUUGUCAUUGAUUUUUAUGAAAGCGAAGAAAACUCAAAACAAUUAGCGGGCAUGAAAGAUUUUAAAUCUGUGAAGGAUUGUGAUGGAAAUCGAACUAGGGUACAAAAAAAGUUGAUUCUUUGUAAUUUAAAAGAAUUGUACCAAAGCUUCAAAGCGCAAUAUAAUUCAGUGGCAAUCGGAUUUUUUAAAUUCGCUAGUUUGAGGCCUACUUAUUGUAUUCUUGCUGGAAGUAGUGGUACACAUGUCGUAUGUGUUUGUACUAUUCAUCAAAAUGUAAAAUUGAUGUUAGAAGGAUGUAAUUUUCCAAAAUUUGCGAAAAACACCGAUUGGGUUGUAGAAUCUCAGCCAAUUUACAAAAAUUUAUUAAACAAAUUAGUUUGUAACAAUCCAAAAGAAUCGUGCUUUUCCAGAAUGUGCAAUAGUUGUCCAAAUAAUGAAGAAAUCGCUGAUUAUUUUCGUGUGUCGUUUAAUGAAUCUGAUGUUAAUGAAAUCCAAUAUAAAAUGUGGACAUCAACAGACCGUUGUACUAUUGUGAAUGUUACGUCAGAUUCUGAAGACUUCAUCGAGACUUUAGUGACGCAACUUGAUAAGCUUUUGAAACAUGAUUUUAUUGCGAAAACACAAAGUCGAUUUUUUUCUGAUACAAAACUAAAUUUAAAGAGCGGGGAAUUCGUCGUAGUAUUUGACUUUUCGAAAAAUUAUGCAUUCGUUGUGCAGGAAGCAGCUCAAGGCUUUCAUUGGAAUAAUGAUCAAGCUACUAUAAUUCCAAUGGUGAUUUAUUAUAACGAAAAUGAUACUAUUAAGCAUUUGAGCUUUGUUGGUAUUUCAGAUUGUCUUAAGUACGACACAGUUUUAAUUUAUUUAUUUCAAGAGCAAUUGAUUGCCUUUCUUAAAAAGAAGUUUGCUGUCAUCAAUACGAUUUUUUACUUCUCUGAUGGAGCUCCACAACAAUUCAUAAACAAGAAAGCAUUUACAAACUUAUGUUAUCAUUAUGCUGACUUUGAAAUCAACGCUGAGUGGCAUUUUUUUGCAACUGCCCAUGGCAAAGGACCAUGCGAUGGUCUUGCGGGUUCAUUAAAACGAUAUGCUGCUAGAGCUUCAUUACAAAUGAACAAUAAAGAGCAUAUACUGAAACCACAAGAUUUGUUUUCCUUGGGAACGAAAAAUUUUACAAGCGUUGACUUUACUUUUAUAGCUAAUGACGAUUAUUUAAUAAAAAAAAAUGUGUUAGACAUACGAUAUUCUCAAUCGAAAACGGUGAAAGGUACACACUCAUUACACACUUUUGUGCCUUUAAAAGAUGAAAUUGGUUAUGCUUUCAUUAAAACUGUGUCCACAUCUCAAAAAAGUUCAAAAAUAAAAGUAUUUUAAUUAUAAUGAA